GGGUUGGGAGUCCCCCGUCCACCCGCCGCACUAGCUCCGGGGCUAGGAGAGGCAGAGCUGCGCUGCGGGACAGAAACUGCCGACCGACGCGGGGACCCGAGGAGCAUCACCAUGGAUGCUUCGGCCCUCGACAUGGCCAUCCAGCAGGCCCUGGCUGGGCUCUACCCACCGUUUGAAGCCACCGCCCCUACUGUUCUGGGUCAGGUGUUCCGGCUACUGGACUCUGAUUUCGGGGGAGACGGGCUGAGCUUCCUUCUGGAUUUCCUCAUCCCUGCCAAGCGCCUGUGUGAGCAAGUGAGGGAGGCAGCCUGCGCCCUCUACACCCAUUGUCUCUUCCUGCAUGAGGGCUGGCCGCUGUGUCUGCGGGAUGAGGUCGUGGUCCACCUGGCGCCACUCAACCCGCUCCUGCUGCGCCAGGGCGACUUCUACCUUCAAGUGGAGUCCUGGGAGGAGCAGUCUGUCCACAUGACGCUCAAGUGCCUCUCCUCAGACCUCCGAGAGGUGGACAAGAAGCCUAUUCCUGAGACCUCCUACUCUCUAAUUUUCACCCGAGAAUGGCUGGAAGCCAUCAACAGUGACUUUCAGGGACGUCCCUUACACAACUGUCUCGUGGCUUCAGAAAAUGGGAUCACACCUGUGCCUUGGACCAGGAUUACCAGCCCAGAGUUUAUAGAUGACAGACCCCCAGUAAUGAAUGUCCCUUCCUCAGAUGGGGAUUCCUGUCCACUCCAUGUGAGCAGCCCCCAGGAGCCAGACCAGGCCAGCACCUUGGGCAGUGAGGCGUCUGUGGUACAGAGCUGGGCUAAGGAUAAAGGGAAGUUGUCUAGGGACAAGUAUCCUGGGCUCAUCAAGGUAGACCCAACAAGGCCAGGGCAGAUGUCCUUCCAGAUGGUCAGUGAGGUCAACCAGGGCCUGGAGGGGGAAUAUGUGGCUCUCCUGGGCUUUCCCCAACAGUGUAGAAGGGGGUCUUUAGACAGGGAGGUAGUGACACUCAGUGUGGACACUCAAGGACUACGGGAGGAGACAUCCAAAACUAAGGGGGUGCCUGUGCUUGGGAGGGUCCUACCGCUCCCAGGACAUGAUGAGGGACCUCCCUUGGGAAGACUGACAUGUGCGAAGCCAGCAGGCUCGGGAGAGAAGCCCUGCAGCGGGGGCUCAAGAAGAAAGGCCAGGCACAAACCAUCUGCCCACUCUGCAGAGAGACAGCCCCAGCAGCCCCACAUUGAUGUCCCGGAGAAGCCACUGGACUGUACCUCUGAUCUGUUAGAAGACACUGAAGAAGAGCCAGCAUCCUCUAAGAUGCGAGGGCCUUUGGGGAUGACAGCAGCCAUGGUCCAGCUCAGGCCUGGGCCAAGGCAAAUAUUCUCUCCCCUCCUGUCCUCAGCUGCCCCUGCAGCUCUAGCUUCCGAAACAAAGACAGAGGAGACCACACCAGGACACGGCAGAGCAUCCAAGCCUGAGGCCUUUCUCAGUAGGAACACCUCUGCCCAUGGGUCCCCAGUUCCUGGGCUCCAGUUCUCUUUCUUGAAAGCGCAGAGGGCACCCCCAUUGCCCCCUGAGAAAGCCCUGAGCCCCCUUGGCUCUCUGCAGCCUUGCAGCACCAAGGCCCAGGGGAAAGAUGGAACAGCUCUCCCCAGAACAUCUGGCUCAACCCCACUGUCUGGGGAGCUGCCUGGCUUCCAGAAAGAUUCUUCAGGUCCCUUAGGAGGAGGACUUAGCCUGGAGGAGUGUUGCAGGCCUGAGCCCAGGAUUGGAACUCUGGGAGACAAGCUUCUCCACUCCGGGAUAGUCUGCCUGCCAGGUGGUAGGGACCGGCUGGGGAGGCCUCUACUUCUGGUGUCAACCACGGAGGAGGCCUGGGAGGCGCCAUGGUGUACCGCCUUGGAGGUCACAGCGUUGCUGUCCUACUUGUGCAGUGUUCCUAGGCCGGACAGUGCAGCCAAGGGGCUGCUGAUGGUGAUUGAUGCCAGGAAAGGAACCCCGAGUCCUGCUCUGGUCAGUGCCCUGCAAUGCACACAGGAUCCGGCUUCGGCCUCCAUCAGCAAAGUGCUCCUCCUGGGAGAGAAGGCAUCCAUUCUCCAGCUACCUGCACUACCUGUCCAGGUGGAGGUACUGACCUCGCUGAAGGCCCUCAGGAGCCACGUGGACCCUAGCCAGCUGCCCGAGGCUCUGGAGGGCCCCUUCCGCUACCACCACAGCGAGUGGGUGCAGCUUUUCCAGAAGCUGGACCCGUUCCUCGCUGACCUUCGCCAGGCUUCAUCCCUGCUGCAGGCUUCCAUUCAAGAGUUUGAGAAGGGCGACCCCCCCAGUGGGGUGCAGGAAGCCACCAGGUGCCUGAGCAAGUCCAAGGAUCUAAUGGAGGCUGUGCUGAGGGAGCCGGGCCUGCUGGCUCUCCAGAGGGAAGGUGGAGCUACUCUGGCCAGGUUGCAGCAGGAGGCCAGCAGGCUGAAUGCCAACCCUGAUGUCAGGAGCCAUCUGGCUGAAGCUGCAGCCCUGUACAACCUGGUGGAUGACCAGCUUCACGUUCUGGUCACUGCGUCCAACCACCUCCUCCGAAGGCUGGAGCUCCGUGUCCGCCUGGGCCACCUGGAAGCUGCCAUCCACCAGGUCAGUGACUGGAUGGAGCAGGAAGGAAGGCAGUGUCUGCAGGCCCUUGCCCCUGUCCAUCUAUGUGCAGAGACCGUCGAGAAAGUUCAUGCCGAGUUUGAGGACUUCUUCCUGCAGGUUGCGGCCCAGUACCGUCAGGGCCUGGAACUGUCCAAGCAGGCUGCGCAGUUGGGGGCUGCAGAGGAAGGGGCAGGUGAGACAGAGCUCCCGGACCUGGCAGCCUUCACCUCCACCCAGCAGGCCUUCCAAGCCAAGCUGACACACUUCUACAUGGCAGCUGAGAGGCAGCGCACUGACCUGGAGACCCUGCUCCACCUCCACCGCUUCAGAAAGAAGAUGUCCCGGUUCCAUGUGGACUGUCAAGACCUGCUGACCCAGCUCAGGCUGGCCAAGACUCCGAGGGCCAGCCCCGGGGACCAGCUCCACCUCCGCCUCCACUGUUAUCUGAAGCGCCUAGCAUCUGAGUUCCAGACAGAAAAGCUCCUGGCCAUGCAGCUCCAGGUGGCCUCCCUGAGCUGGGCUGGCCUGGGCCAGGAGUUGUGGGAAGAGGCCCAGGAGCGACACCGGGAGAUCCAGGGCUUGCUGAGGAAGGCACUGGCCUACUGCCCGUGCCCGGAGGUCACCGCUGCCCACUCGGUGCACGGAGAUCGAAAUGGGCCAUCAACCAAGGGCCAGGGUCUGCCUAGAGAAGUGGCUUCCAAAUGGGGCAGGUCCCUACAGGACUGUCUGGCUGUGGAUGUAUCAAGAUCAAACUGGUCUCCCCGUGUCUUCCAAGGGGAGCAGAGCAGAAACAUGUGGACAGGCCUGCCACCCCAGGAAGCCGACCAGACUGUGGGCCCUGAGGAAGGCAGAGGUGCCCCCAAGCUCUCUGAGCCCACGCUGGAGCGGCUCCUCACCUCUCUCUUUUCCUGGCAUCACCUUCCCAGACAGAGCAAGGCCUCCCACCCCACUGGGGGCAGCUUUUCCUCUGAGGGGACAGACUCACAGACAUCCCUGGAGGACUCACCCCACACAAGCCCUCCUGCGUCCCUCUAAUAAGAUCUGAAUGAUCACACCGGGUCUGGGGACCGAGAUAGGACCACUAGAGGGCAUUCUUGAGCCCAUGCCACCGUAGCAGAAGCAGCCAGGGAGCAAUGUUAGCAGGACCACCUUCUGGCUCCAGAAAACUCCAAGAUGACGGGUUGUUACCCACGCAGAACAGCGCCCAUGGGAGUUAGAAUCCAGACUCAAUCAAAGGACGUUGGGCUGGGAAUAGAGAGUCUCAUAUGGCAAGACUGUCUGGGGCCACCUUUUAAAGUCUUACCCAAGCUGUGACUUGAGGUUCACAUGGGUAACAAAGUAGUGGGAGGAGCCUCUUGUCUUGAGCCCCAGGGUAGCAGACCUGCGAUUUUGCAUUUGGCAGUGACCCCAGGAACCACUGGGAGGGGGAUUGGAAGCAGGGAGAGGAAAUAAAAG